AUGAGAUUAACAAGACAUUUCUACUGUCUUUUUGUGAUCCUCAAUGGGAUUCACAUCAGUUCUUGUGCACGUCCAACUUUCAAUACACUAUUUCAAGCAUCCGAUGGUGUAAGUACGGACUCGCGCACUGGUUUACCAUUGCACACUGAUAUGGUAGAACAGAAAUUAACAGUUACGAAACAAGAUCUUCAAGCGAAAUCGAGAAGUACAGCGAGCUCAUCGUCUCAUAUGGUCAUUGAUCAAUUGAAAUCUCUUGAACUGAAUGCGACAACAAAAUUAAACCAAACUGCAUGCAUUGCACUCAAUCUCAUCGAAUCAUUACAAUCUGUUAUAUGUCUUCAGUCUACAAUAAAGAUGAUUUUCGAUACGGCAGUCAACAGCGCUUAUACAUACAAGCAAUGGCUUGACACGAGUGUUCAGUAUGUUAAUGGAGGAAAAGAAUGGAAUUGCACGAACUCAACAACAGGGAAACCUAUUCUAAUUAUGAAGAAAUUGAUACCAAAUACUUUCAUAUUAGCUGACAAUGAAAUAACUGUCGACGUCACUAAUGAUACAGGCAUCACACCAGUUGUUUGUUUCGAAAAACUGUCCCUUCAAAUGAUAGCUGUACAAGAAGCACCAUCAGGAAACAAACCAGCUUCGAGCACUACAACUUUUACUAGUACAAACACGGNCAAAAUUGAUGGCGAAGGUGUUAGUGAGAUAUUUGCAAAGAUUCUUCAACGCCCAAUCACUUUUCGAGUCGUCUCUGUUAACGAUUAUGUUGAACAACACAAACAACCACAUACAACGCCGCCUUAUUCGAUUGGUGAUGAAGAUUUUUUACGAAAAUGGUCGACGACUUUCAAAGCAUUGGAAAGAGGAGAAGCCGCUGUCGUUGAUCCUCUUCUACAACAAAUCCUUGGUAGAGAACUAGUGCCGUUGCAAGAGACAUUAACGAAAUUAUUUCAAUCCGAUCAAAGUUCAUAA